UGUACGUAAGUAAUGGUUGCCGUCUAGUGAGCGCUGGAGCGGAACGGCGGAACUCCGCUGAAAAUGCGAUAUUUUCGGAGUUAAGGUUUAAAGUGCUGUGGAUUAUCCGAAGUGGAAGACAGCGCGGACAGCAACUAUCGGUCAUGAUCAAAGACAGGAUAUCAGCUCUGAAAGCGGCCCAGGCAGACGAAGAUGACUUGGACGGAGAUGUGGCUGUCACGCUGGAGACUCCUCCCACAUUUAUGGAGGAGUUCUUUGCAGAGGUGGAAGAGGUUGGGCAGAACAUUGAAAAGAUAGAAAAGAUAGUGCUUGAAAUGAAGAGGAAGCACAGUGCAAUACUGUCGUCGCCACUCCAGGACGAAAAAAUGAAACAGGACUUGGAGGAGCUGAUGGCAGAUGUUAAGAGAAUUGCGAAUAAAGUGAGAAUGAAGCUGAAAAUGAUGCAACAAAAUAUUGACCAAGAGGACCAAUUAAUCGGGAACAGAUCGGCUGAGCUCAGGAUACGAAAAACACAGCAUUCGACACUUUCUCGCAAGUUUGUCGAAGUCAUGACAGAGUACAACAAGAUCCAAAAUGACUACCGUGAGCGGUGUAAGGACCGCAUCAGGCGACAACUGGAGAUCACGGGGAAAAUGACAACAGACGAAGAAAUUGAAGAGAUGCUGGAAAGUGGAAAUCCAGCCAUAUUCACUCAGGGAAUUGUGAUGGAGACACAGAAGGCCAGGCAAACACUGGCCGAAAUCGAAGCCCGCCACCACGACAUCAUCAAGCUGGAGAAGAGCAUCCGGGAGCUUCACGACAUGUUUAUGGACAUGGCCAUGCUGGUGGAAAGCCAGGGAGAAAUGGUGGAUCGCAUUGAGUACCACGUGAAGAAUGCUGCAGCCUAUGUUGACACUGCCACUCAGGAGACUCGACGAGCUGUUCGUUAUCAGAGCAAGGCACGCAAGAAGAAAAUAAUAAUCCUAGUCCUGAUUGUGGUCAUCGUUGUCAUCCUGGCCAUAAUUAUAUUCGUCUCAGUCCGGAGAUGAAAGAAACGGAAAGGACAGCGACAUCUUUUUCUCGUGCACCAAAAUCCUUGACAGAAUCCGAAAUACGCAGCACAUUUCUCAUUGCAAUAGGCAGCGAGGCCCUGGCUUCUGUGCCCCACAUGGCAAUGCUGCAAUCUGACAAGACGAGCCUGCCACAUAUUUUUAGAAAUGUUCUACUGAUUUUGCUGUUGCUUCCUUGGUAUAUAUUGUUAGUCAUCUUUGUUUUUUAGAACAUGUAUAGGUUGUGCCAACUAUGGUGAUAGGCUCUGGUGGAAGCAGAAGCAGUGAACUCUUUCGGUCACCAUGGACAGGUGCAUGGACUAUUCAACUAUUAUAUUGGCACCUGUACUGACUAUACACUGGUACCGGGUGCCAACUUGGGCCUGCAUGUUAGUUAUGCAGCGUGCACUUUGCAAUGUAGAUAACUGAGGGCAUAGUAUUGUGAUGUUGCGUAUGAUGCGCCAUCAUUUCUUUAUUUGCUUGUUUACAAAUGGAAAGUUAAAGAAUGAAAAUAUAUAGCACAAGAGCAUUGAAAGGGCUAGCUCUCAACCUCGUCACAUGUUUGCAUCCCUUUCGAAUGAAUCUGAACUGUCCUACUGACAUCACCAGUAAAGAUGGCGAUGUCAGUAGGACAUCACCAUCUUUACUGGUGAUGUCCUACAUUACACCAGCAUUACACAUUAGCUAGUCAAUGUAAAAUGUGUUUCGACCUGGACGUGCACGCACCUAGCUGUGCUGUAGUGUUGAGCAUUUCUUAACGAGCAUUGCCCCAGCAUAUCGCUAGAGGCCUGGCGCCAGUCACCUUGCAGGAUAUUUUUGUACAACCUGUGUAACCUUUCUGUAUAUUUGACCACAACAGAUAAAACGAACACACUGUGAUGAGUAAGUUUUUUUUGUAGAGAUAAUUUUGUUCAGCAAAAUGCAUGUGUUGUAAGUGCAGUAAGCGUGCCACUUGUAAAAGUAAAGGUGCUCUUUGAUUGAAGGACUUCUACUAUCAUUAGGUCCAUUCAAUUCACCUGCACCACUGAGAACCAGUUCACGGUGGUUCACGAGAAGUUAAAAAAUUUUGCAGUUCGAUUUCUGCGGUGCAGGCACAACGUGACACUCAAAACGAAUGUCAAGAUGCAGACGCGGUGCAGGCGUUAUGUUUUGUCCAAGUAAUGUGCACGGAUUGCGUAAGUUUGAGAGGUCCUGAACUGCUUGUCUAAUCAGCUUUUGAGGCAUGAAUUCACCCGUGCUUGCUUAAACACAGCAGACGCAGGUAAGCGGGUUUGUAACGGUGCUUGCGCAUGUGUGCUGUGUAGUCUGCUGCACUGCUGCUUCGCACCUGUACUCUGCACCAACAGAAUAGAGGGUGCAGCAAAAUUGUGAACCAGCCUUGCAACUUUCUGGUGCCAUUGCCGCACCACUGAAACGAACGACAGGGUGCAGCACCUUGUGAACUGGUUCAUGUGGUGCAGGUGAAUGGAAUGUACUACCUAUUAUUUUGGAUGCUCUUCCAUAGCACCACUGAGUGCUAAUUUCAUUUGCAACAGCAAUCUUAGUACUUUCAUUUAGGUUUUUUUGUUCUUUUUGUUUACUUUUUUCUUUCUUGUAUAUAUAUAUAUAUAUAUAUUUAUCACCAUGCAUUUCCCUGUUGCAGUGCACCAUCUGCACAUGGUGGCUUUUUUUUUCUUGCUUGCUUUUUUUAAAAGGCAUCAUCAGUAUUGGCACAUAACACUGCUUCAUCUUCUCGGAAUGGUUAUGGAAGCCCUUCAACGCACUGAAGUUGUGAUCCUUGAGGCCAUCUUGCACAGUUAUUUGCCAGGUUGAUACUAGAAGUGUUUUAAUAGUGACAUUUUAAAUUGAAUUGGAUGUUGAUAUCAGAAGAGUACGGGCUUUGAAUACUGAAAUGACUACUGAAUAUUUCUAUAGCUCUGAAAGUAUAAGAAGAAACGGCGAAGGAGGGUGGGUAGCACCUACAUACAAUCUUACUGUUACUUCCUUCAGUGCACAAAAUGCUAUUUUGAAAGUUUAUUUGACUAAGCCACUUCUAAUGAGCAGGUUGUAAAAAUUACAAAAACUCACAGCUGGCUUGCGUUUAGAAUUUGUAGCUACUGGUUGACUGUGUGCAUGGAACGCUUUCAUCACUGGAAGGCUCUAGUAACUGCUGUGGCCCUGUAUAGUACAAUCAAAUUUAAUUAUAAAGUUGAAUGUCGAAUUCUUAUGUCAGAUAUUACUGUCAUUCAGAAGAAAAGUGUUCGAUUUGUUUUCAAAACAUUUAAUAGUUGCAGACCUCCUAGAUUGAAAGAUGUACAAUUGUUUGUGGCUUACGAAAUCAAAGAAAAAAAAAUAAAGAUGGGUGCUACAAGGUGCUAGUUAUCAAAAAGAAACGGCAUAUUCGAUAGGAUUAGCUGGUGACUAUAUGCACUGGAAGGAUCAGUGGCAGUCCAGAUGAAACAUGCGCAAGUGAAGGGAAAUGACUUAAUGGUGUUGCCUUCUUUCUCCCUUUAAGUUUAUUUAGUUCAUCUCGUUGUUUGAAAUGCAACUGGCAGGUGAUGCAUGCCCUGCAUUUAGCUUGAAAAGGCUGGUUGGACCGGCGAUGUGUGCAUGUGCCAGAAGUUGCAGGUUCUCCGAGUGGGGAGGGAGGAGCAUGACAAGGAGCUGAGCUAUGCACAGCGAAAAGAAGUAAACGGCAAAAUGUAAAAGUGGCACGGCGCCAUUGCUAGUUGUGCAGCCAUCUAGCAUGCUCUGCUUAGCGUACUUCUGCAGAAGAUGCACAGAUCUAACUUUUUUUUUGUUAUCAGCAGGUGCUUUUUCAUAUUAAAAUGUGAGUCAUCUAUGUGCCGCAUUUUGCACUAUUCUUAAAAAUAAACAUUGAGAGGAUUAGGCUAGCCAACUUGACCACGGCAUCAUUGCAGGAAACACAAACUGUGGUUGCAGAAAACGAAAAAGAGGUGCUUGAAGUGUGUUCAUGUUGAUUAACACACUUCAAGCACCUGUUCCACAUGACUUCAACUACUGAAGUCACAUGAUUGAGUGCAAGGUCCACUUGUACAGAAAAGCUGAGAAGCACAAAAGUAGACAGAAGUGAAUUUCAGCUUCAAGUGUGCUUUUCAAUCUUUCAAUGAGUUUUCUGCUCCAGUGUGGCCUUUGAAUGAGGCCUUAAUUACAAAUGUCAACGCACUGUGCUUUUCCAACAAAAGAGGCAUCUUUGAACCCUUUGAAGCAGUAAUUGUUCUAGAACUUUCUUAUUCUCCAGAACUGACAAGCUGACAAGGUGCAUAAUGUGGCACUCAAAUCUGAAGCUUCCGUGCAUGCUCAAUAGUUCAAAAACAAUGAAGGCUGGUGUAAUGUUUAAAGCAGAACAUUUGGAUGUAAGACAACUCAGCCAUAUUGCGGGUGGUCAGGCAGACAUCGACAGGCGAUCCACCAAAGGUGGAUUGUCACUGGAUGCACUGUUUGCAUGCAUAAAAGCAAGUCCCUUUGUGCAGCGGACAUUCCAAACUCCUCUGGGCAAUGAAAGAAAUCAGUGUGCUUUGUCCAGUGAAUCUGCACUCUCUGUAUAACCAAAAUAUUAGUCAUUGAUCAACAGUUGGUGAGCAAGGAAGCCUGAUCAUGGAGAAAAAGUUUCAACAGUGGGACUUGCCUUCAUCAAGGAAAUAGCUGCUUUCUUUAAUUGGCAGGGUUUAUAUAUAGAACCCGCUCUCCCAAGGGUAAAGAGGAUAAGUAGGUGGGAAAGGGUAAGAUGAAGGGCUGGAUGAAAUGGUAAUUUUGAAAGGUAAUGGUAAAUUGUGACUUAGAGAUUAUGGGCAGGGGGGGGGGGGGGGGAUCUGCUGGUGCUUCUUUAGCAAUGGUGGCAGGGUGCCUUUAAGAAGGGUGCAAGGGUGCCUUUAAGAAAAAGAAAUGCUGGUAAGAAAAGAAAGCAGUGACUAGUAUGAAUGUGUCUACACGAAAGUAAAGAGAAAAAAAAAUCUUGGCAAAAUUAACCAUGUCACUCAUUGAUGAUCAAUUUAAGUCUCCCAUCUUCCUUUGACUCCUUUGUCUUGUUAAGUUAAUAUGGAUAUAUACUUCCAACUUGAUGGUGUUGUUAUAGGUUGCUUUACAAAUGAGAAAGUUCUUUCAUUUUCUGUGUCUUUACAGCAAUAACACGAUAAUCAUGGGAACCAAAGACAACAUAUUGCUAUAUACUAUAUGUUAUUCAGGCAGUGCUUUUUAGCCUGGUGCUGUUUAUUGACAAUAGUCAGCUGUGUACUUUUUAGGCAUAUCUAGAUACCUCUUCAGUUUCCUUUUCCUUUGUCAUUAUGGUAGUGAAACAACAGUCAUGUUUAUUUACAGGUGGAACAAGUGACAGCACAUCAUUCCUUAUGCAUUGCUUUUCCUUCUUUUACUGAUGUGGUAUAAAGCUUUUGCUGUAGGCCUUUACUGAAGCUGCGAAUGCAUGCGCAGUUGCGAAUUCUAGUCGGUGGUUUAUUUCUCUUCUUUUGUUUUAUUGGUGGAAAUUGUGUCAGUCAAUAAUGUUCCUGUUUUUUACAUGUUUGAAUGAAUGUUCUCAAUAGCUGUGUUUGCAUCGAAUAUUUUCCGAUGACCACAACGAAUACAUAUUGGGGCAAGAUGCCCCAAAUUUUUAGAAGUAUGAUUUGAAAUUUAGAAAGGGGCACAAAUCUGAGUCAUGCUUUGUACGUUGCAACAGUGUUUUUUUCCUUCUUUUUUAUUGCUUCUUUGAAACUUCUUUAAGAAUGAGGGUUACACCGGUGUCACACGGCACACUUUUGAUCGCGAUCAAGCUCAAUCUGGAUCGAAUUUCUCAGUCGUGAUUGGCUCCUUUGCGCAAGCUACGCAAGGGAUCCAAUUGCAGCAAGGAAUUUCAAUCUAGAUUGGGCGGGAUCGCGAUCAAAACUGCGCCGUGUGACGCCAGUAUUAGUCGUGUGUGUUGAGGUGGGAGGAGGGAGGGGUUGAUUUGUAUACCUCUACUGGCUCCCUUAUGCCUAUGUUUUGUUCAUGUAUCUGUGCAAGUCUGCUUGGAUGGUUUAGCUUCUUGCUCAAUAUUAUUUUUCAUUGGUGCUAUCAUAUAUUGUUUCUGAAGCCGGAUGAACUUUAUGGACUUUGUGCAAGAUUGAGUAAUCAUUGUUUGUAUGGCUUUCUUGGGUUGCUGAUUAUUUGGCGAUAAAUAUAGCCAUAACUAUAGCUAUAACUACGCUUCUGGUGUGUCACUGUAUUAUUGUAAGUUAGGCCAAUAUUUAGCAGUUUAUCUCUCUUCAAAAGAUCUGCAUGGCUAGUGCGUCACACCAUGAAAAGGGCAAAACAGAAUGAUUAUGAGAAAACUGUUGCAGGAAUGGCACAGAAAUAACGAUUAGAAAAGUUAAAUGUUUGCUCGUGAUAAGCAAGAAGAGUAAGCAGCACAGAUAUUUAAAUCUAAAUGGUAUGCCCCACCUGUCUUUUGUGUUUGUGCUAGCAUUAUACAUGGAUGGUCUGGAAAAUACAAGCUUUCGUACUGUGGUGCAGUCAGUCACAACCACAGCAUCCUGCUAGUAACAGUGCAAAAUGUAGACAAGAGACGAGACAAGAAGACACCACAAGCGCUGACUUUCAACAACGUUUAUUCUGAAAGAAACACGGCUUCUUAUAACCAUUGCCCACACGUGUCGCAGUCACGUGAUCGCACAUCAUGUGAAACAUGCACUUUUUCUUUUUUGCCCUCAAGAUAGUGGUUGCAUAUGCAAAAGCUCAAGUUCUCUUUUUGUCAGUAACAAGGACGGCGUGCUAACGCAUUGGUCACGAAGUCUGGUAAUCUCGGCUGCCUCAAUUAUCUCCCGGACCAGCUGGUCAUUGUGUUUCUUCAGCACUUUACAGCGUCUGAAUUCUGCGGCGCAGUCUUUUGAGGGGCAAUCCCUGAUGUGGAUGCCUAGAUUCCUGUUAGCCUGCUCGACGCUAAGUUUGUGUUUCUUUAGUCUUUCAUUUGUGCAUCUUGAAGUUUGCCCUAUAUACCUUUUUCCACAUUUCAGAGGUAUUGAAUACACCACCGCCUCUGUGCACUCCACAAAACGAUUCUGGUUAUUUAUCGUGCACCCUUUCUGGUUUAUCGGCUCUUCAGCAUUGACGCGUCGGCAGAGGCUUUUUAGUUUUUUCGGGGCAGUAAGCACUACAUUAACUCUAGCUUUGCGCCCAAUCUUUUUCAAGCGGUGAGAUAAGUUGUGCACGUAUGACAGGGCCACGGUCCAUCACUUUUCUUUCAUUUUUGGCUUCUCGCCACCUGGCUCGCCAUGGGCACGCUCGAGUUUUAGGUUCUUGCUCAUUUUUUCUGCAACGGACACAAGAAGGUGCGACGGGUAACCAGCCCUAGUAAGCCGGUCAACCUGCCGACGAAAACUUUGUUCCAUUGCGUGGUGUCUUCUUGUCUCGUCUCUUGUCUACAUUUUGCGCUGUUACUAGCAGGAUGGAAAACCAACAAGCCCAAGCUGCUAUUCUAGGGAACCACAGCACGUUCUAGCAAUUAAAGCAAACUGGUGCACAUCAGAAACGGUGCUUAUUCAUCCCAUCAGAAAACUACGGUAAUGUGUGGCACUGAAAUGAAAUACAAGAGCAUCAUCUCCACAUUACUAUGCAGAAAGGUGUCAGAUUUCUUGACUCAUGGUUGUCAUGAGAUGAAGGUGCUUUCAUACUGGGAAGGGUAGGGAAUGUCAUUUGCACCAAGUCCAGUACCGAGGAAUGGGCCACUCUCUGAAGAGACCCUAUCUUAUAAUAUUCCCCUUCCUUGCUAUUCCCAUUCCUAUGCAGACGUGCACUUAAUUAAGCAAAAAGAAAAGUUCAGUUUCCUAAGUAUUAUGUUUUGCUCCUAUGAAGUUACGGGUUUCUUAGGGCAUUGUAGAGCAGGCCUUUGUCCAAGCGCACGAGGUCCUCAAUAUGCUAUUUCUGUCAGAGAAGUGCAGAGAGCAAGAAGCAUCAUUGUGUCUGCAAUAUUUCUAUGGAUGUGCAACAAUUUUGAGAUAUUCUGCAACUAUAUUUAGAUGUCUCUCUAUACUUUGAGUGUCAUUUCUUUUUAUUUUCACUGCUACGCUUUUCUGGACAGGUUUAGAUGGUCAGUAGCUUUAUUUUAAAGUGUCUCAUGUUCUAUGACCACAGUGAUGGAAUGGCAUCAUCACACCCCUAGUGGAAGGGAGUUCAGCAUUACGUAAAGUGCCCAGAAACUAACCCCCCUCCCCCACCUCUCACCUCCCACUCUCUUAUUUUUUCUUCUCGGUUUCAUCUGGUUUGUGUCAUUUAUCCAAACGCGACAUAUUGCGUACUGACAUCUGUGUUCAGAGAAAAGAAACCCCAAGAGCUCAAGGCCCACUUUUUAGAUUAUAUUGAUACAUAGAGUUGCUGUUAUCAAAGGUGCUUUACCGUUUUUCUUUGUUUAAUCCUUCCUACACCACAAACUAGUCCUGCUCCUCAGCUACCACUGGUGUCAAGCUAAUUUUUAAUGUUUUAAACCUUGUCUUAUGUACUAAUGGCAGGGGACACCUGUGUGUUUACUUUUCUAGGUUUGCUCUACAGUAACAAGGGCUUUAUUUCAUUUCGUAUUUCAUUUCGCAGUAUUUUGCUCUGUGUGUACACUGCAUAAAGAUAUAGACACUCUUGUAA